GAUAAAUGUAGUGUAAUACUUUAACUUAGUACUAUUACUACUAUUUCUCCUUGCCGGAUGCUUCAUAGUGGAACACAUCCUAUCAAUCAUAACUCUUCGCUCCAUACCCUCUCUCAACUAACUUUUCACAACAAACUUGAGCUUCUCUAUAAGUCGUAGGUUUCAUGUUCUUCGAAUCCUCUGCAAAACCUCCAAUUUCCCCAUUAUUUUAUUACCCUUUUUCCAAUCUUUGCUUAUCUACGCUGUAUUUAAUUAGGCAAAACACAGCGUCAGAGAAUAUAUACAUAUUUACACACACAUGUACGGCCGCAUAUACACAAUAUACAUAUGAAACUACUCUAAAGCUUUGUCCCAAGCUAUAUAGCCUCUGGCCUCUGCUAAAGAAAGCUUACCAAAAUCCCCAGAACUCUCCCCUUUAUUAGAUUCUGUUGUUUUGUUUCAGCUUGGACUAAUUAUGGAAAUGUGGGAUCUGAACGAUUCGCCGGAUCAGAGGGGAAACGGUGAAUCGGAAGAGGGCUGCUCUUCCCCUGCUGACGGCGACGACGACAAGGGUAAACGGGUCGGAUCCGUUUCCAAUUCGAGCUCGUCGGCGGUUGUCGUCGAGGACGCGUCGGAAGACGAGGACGAGUUUGAUGACGGCGGUAAGACCCAGAAGAAGAGAAAUACGGUUCCCGGGAAAAUCUUCGGCUUUCCGAUGGCGGGGGAGGCGCACGCCGACAGCUUCUCGCCGGUCACGCGGCAGUUCUUUCCCGUUGACGAGACGGAAAUGGUUGCCGGCUCCGGCGGAGACGGGUCGGUCCAUUUACCGAGGGCUCACUGGGUGGGGGUAAAAUUUUGCCAGUCUGAACCCCACGUCGCCGGCGGCGCGCCGGAGAAGGCUUUAGAGGGGUCUCAGCAGCCUUUGAAGAAAAGCCGCCGUGGGCCUCGGUCAAGAAGCUCUCAAUACCGCGGCGUCACGUUUUACCGGCGAACCGGCCGGUGGGAGUCUCACAUAUGGGAUUGUGGGAAACAAGUCUAUCUAGGUGGAUUUGAUACGGCACAUGCAGCUGCACGUGCAUAUGAUAGGGCAGCAAUCAAAUUCCGGGGAGUGGAAGCCGACAUAAAUUUUAGUCUGGAGGAUUAUGAAGACGACUUAAAACAGAUGAACAAUUUAACGAAGGAAGAAUUUGUUCAUGUACUUCGGCGACAAAGCACUGGUUUUCCCAGGGGGAGUUCAAAGUAUAGGGGCGUGACAUUGCAUAAAUGUGGUAGAUGGGAAGCUAGAAUGGGCCAAUUCUUAGGGAAAAAGUAUGUUUAUUUGGGUCUCUUUGAUACCGAAAUUGAAGCUGCCAGGGCUUAUGAUAAAGCGGCCAUAAAAUGCAACGGCAAGGAUGCAGUUACCAAUUUUGAUCCAAGUAUUUACGAGACUGAGCUUAAUUCCCCCUCUGAUAAUUGCGAAAACACAGCUGAACACAAUCUGGAUUUGAGCCUUGGGAGCUCCAGCUCUAAACAUGGGAGCCGAGAAAUGGCUGAAAAUAUGGGCCAGAAUUCAUCAUCAUCAAUGCAAUAUGAAAUGGAUUGGAGGCAUCAAGGGCAACAGGAGAUCCUAGCAGCGGACCAAAACGGGCGAGGAAGAGAAGGGUACACCGACAUGCAGCUCCUAACACGAGCUCACAUGCAGCAGCAGAUGUUCACUCCUCAUCACUUCAACACAUCACCUUUCCAAGUACACUACAUGAGCAGCAGCAGCAAUAUGGGAGGAAGAAUGGGUGGCUGGAACGGGGCGGCGGCUGCCGGAGAUCAGUUAACACUUUCCUCCACCACCAACAACAACACAACAAGCAGCAACCAGAAUAACAGCAUUCCUCAUCACCAUCAACAACAAUGGCAUCAGUCGUCGAAUCUUCAUCCUCAUCAUCAGAUAUUUGCAACUGCUGCUGCAGCAUCAUCAGGAUUCCCUCCUCUGCAGAUCCUAAGACCCCCUCCAACAUGGCCUCCUCACAAGAAUGGCUAUCACUACUCCUCUCCCUCUUUCAGACCACCUUAACCUCUCAUUUCACCACUAACCUUAGCAGCUUCCCUCUCUCUUUCCCUUCAAGGUAUUUCAAUUCAUUGAUCUUUAGACCAUAUGUACUGUUGCAGCUAGUGUAUGUUUCCCAAACAUGUGGUAUAAUUUAUUAUUGGUAUAUAUGUCAUUAUGGUUCUUCAUUGGAAAUUUGGAACCAGAAAAUGGUUUUGGCAACUUUUCCAAUCCUUAGGAAAAUUGAUGUUACUUCUACAUGUCAACUUUUCCAACAUAAGGAAAAUACUGUAAUAAUUAGGAGUUAGCAUCAAAUUUUGACUUAAAUUAGGCAUUGUUUUAGUCAUUAGUCCCACUAAUAUCUCAACGUGGAAUGUGAAUGUUUGUGACUUUUAAUAAAUGCCAAUAAUGUAUGCUUACAUUUGGCGGCUGAUAGUUGAUGUAAUUCUUGUCGUGCCGGCACCAUUGGAAUUCAACUCCAUCCAUUUUGUUAUCAAAGCCAAGUUCUAUAUGCGUUGCUCAUGAAUUA